UGUGCACACUUGUGAUCCUAGAUAGAAUAGUCGGCUGACUAGAUAUAUAUUUCUUAGACUGUAGUAUACACUGUACAUCGAAUGCAUGCAUGUGCCUGCGCCGUGGUAUCGGCAGAUUUUCAUCAGGCGAUUCAGGUUGACCAAUCAGGCGAGCUGUAACAUUCGGCCUAGGCACUCGCAUCAAAGGUAAACAAACCUGCCGCAGUUCUACCUGUUAUGUCAGACGUUGUCGGUAGCCGACAGGAGAGUUGGUUGCGUGGAUUUCUCUGAUUUUGGUGACAAUUUAGACGCUGAUAGAAAAGGCUGACAUCUGUGUCAACAUGGAUCCCAAUGGGACAAUACUGUCAUCUCUGACGAUAGCGACAGAGUACUUGGAGAGCUUGCCUGAAAACCCUCUGCGAGACCCUCUGAAGAAUGGCUGGAACUACAUGUUGGACACUUACACUAAGCCUCAAAUUGCUCUUUGGGGCUCUCUGAUUGUCCAUGAAGUCCUUUAUGUGUUGAUAUGUCUACCUGCAUAUUUAUUCCAAUUCAUACCUUUUAUGCAGAGAUACAAAAUACAACAGGACAGGAAAGAAGAACGGCAGUGGGAUUGCUUUAAAAUGUUACUCUUCAGUCACUUUGUUAUACAGUUCCCCCUAAUGUUGGGAACUUUUGCGUACACGGAAUACUUCAACAUUCCUUACAGUUGGGAAGAGAUGCCAGCAUGGUAUAUAUUGAUGGCACAAGUCCUGGGCUGUUUUGUGAUAGAGGACACUUGGCAUUACUGGCUCCACAGGGCACUCCACCACAAGAGUAUCUAUAAACAUAUACACAAGAUACACCACCGUUACUCGGCACCUAUGGGUAUGGUUGCAGAGUAUGCCCACCCAGCAGAAACAUUAAUUUUGGGCAUGGGAUUUUUCAUCCCUAUUCUUUUGUUCUGCACCCACUUUGUCCUGUUGUGGGUUUGGGUGGCUUUCCGCCUCAUGGAGACCAUUGAUGUCCACACUGGAUACGACAUCCCCCAUCUCUUUCACCUUAUCCCUUUUUAUGGAGGGGCCAAAGCCCAUGAUUUCCACCACAUGAAUUUUGUGGGCAAUUACUCCUCCACUUUCACAUACUGGGACAAAAUCUGCGGGACUGAUAAGCAGUACAAAGAGUACCUCGCCAAACAGAAGAAGAUGGAUUAAGUCUAGUCAGCAGGGAGACUUGAUCAGGCAUUGGAGAAUUUUGAAGAUGAAAUCCUUAAUCACGAUCUCAAGACUAAAGGAGUGCUCUCUCAUACUAACCUGUGUAGUUGGAACAUUUUAGUGCAAUUGUAGGGGGCAUUUUUCUAUCAAACAAAAGCAGUUUUUGACUUUGAUUAGCAUUAUGUGACCUCCACAUAGCCAUGAACAAAACAUUUAAACUUUAUUAGUCGUACGGAAAAUGUGGUGUAAGUUAAAGAUCUUGCAAAAAGACUGAUGGUAUAUUAUUGGCCGGAACCAAUUCAAGAAUAAUUUUGAAAACAUGUCUGAAUACAGUAAUUUGAAUAAAAAAUAUUAAGUUGAAAUGGGGCAAAAAGGGAAAGAUUUAAACGGAGGGCUUUGUUUCCCUUCAAAUGAUGUCCCCAGUGACAUUAAGAAUGGAUGGACAUUCGCUAGAGGUACAGUUUGCAUGUUUACAUCACAACGAUCAAAUGGCCCAGUGUUGAGUGUAUGCUACUUUAUGCAGUAUUAAAUUAAGCAGGCCUUUAUAUAUACUGUCUAACUUGAUAUUUCUAAAAUAUGUACUAGCUGUUAUGUUCACAAUAUAGUCUUAUGAAUUGACGUAUUUCAAAAACUAUCAAUAGUUCAGCAAUCAAGUGUGACAAAUACAAAGAGAACAGGUUCUUGUAUGAUUUCAUUACAA